AUGGAAGAUCAUGAGAGUCAAAGCCUCCGCAGCUUGACGGACAAAAUGAACGCAGCACACGUAGAAGAUCCUUGUUCAGGUAGCGAAAAGAACGGUGCGCCUAAUACCAAAGAUAGUUCUGGGGCUGAUGAAAGGCCUGGUCUCUCCAAUCUAGCCGGCGAGCUUCAAAAUCUGAUCAUUACCAAUCUCCAUCCCUCUGCAGCCAUCGCCUUGAGCCAGACAAAUCGUCAUUUCCACUCCUGUGCCUAUCUACACCGGCUGCCAUCCCCCACAGUGUUUGAUUAUCUCCAAGAGAAGGAGCUUUUGCCAAUCAAAUUGGACGACUAUGCUUGCUACACUUGCCUUCGUUUCAAGCCUCGACCAACGUUCGGAACAAGACAGACCAGAUCUAUCUUGGAAAAGUUGGGUCAGAGCGCCCAUAAGAGGUAUUGUUUCGAAUGUGGCUCCAUGCCCGGCAACCACUUACCCUGUUAA